AUGUUUCGGUUCACAGAUGCGGCCGCAGAAGCGCCAGCGGCUGACCCGGAGCCACAAAACGUGGUGGCCGGCGUCCGGGGUACAGUGUUGGAGCGGCACGGCUACACCGUCGGCAGGAGCAUCGGCUCUGGGUCCUACGCCACCGUCAAGAUCGCCCACUCUGACAGGCAUGAUCGUGAAGUCGCCAUAAAAAUUGUAUCCAAGUUCCGCGCGCCGAAGGAUUAUUUGAGAAAGUUUCUGCCGAGAGAAAUCGAAGUUGUCAAGGGGCUCAGACACAAAAAUCUCAUCCGCUUCUACCAAGCUAUCGAAACAACUCACAGGGUGUACAUCGUGAUGGAGUACGCGCCGAACGGCAGCCUGCUGGAGGUGAUCCGCAGGGAGAGCUACAUCAAGGAGCCGCGGGCCCGAGUGUGGUUCCGCCAGCUGGUCGACGCAGUCGAGUACUGCCACAACCAGGGAGUCGUGCACAGGGACAUCAAGUGCGAGAACCUGCUACUGGACGAGGAGAUGAACGUCCGCCUGUCGGACUUUGGUUUCGCGCGCGGCCGCAUGAAGGCGCGCGACCGCCAGCCGCCGCCCAUGAGCGAGACCUUCUGCGGCAGCUACGCCUACGCCGCCCCCGAGAUCCUCCGCGGCACGCCCUACCGCCCCCAGCUGUCCGACAUCUGGUCCAUGGGCGUCGUGCUCUACGCUAUGAUCUACGGCCGCCUGCCCUUCGACGACUCCAACUACACCCAGCUGCUCAAGCAAGUGCAGAGCAAGGUGAUGUUCCCGCGGCAGCCGCGGGCGUCGGCGGCGGUGCGGUCGCUCAUCACGCGCAUCUUGUCGCCCGCCAGGACGCGCCUGCGCAUCCCGGACAUCCGCGCAGACGUCUGGAUGGCCCCCGGAACGGACGACGCGGCCGCCCAGCAGGACGAGAUCCCGGUGGCAGGCGUCUGCAGGGAGGCGGCGGCGGCCGUCGCUACGACCGCGGUGGAGGCGGCGGCGGUGGCGGCGGCGGCGGCGGCGACCGGGGAGGAGUCGGCGCCUGUGGCCCAGGGGGCGCCGGCCGAGGUCGUGGGGGCGGCGGGGGCGGCGGCGCCCCCCACCAAAGUGCCGGAGCAGGAGCUCGCGCCCUCCACAGAGUGA